GCACGCCACAUCAGGCGGUGUGUUAGUGUGGGUUACAGCUCAGUAUCAGCCGGAGACGCAGCAGGAAUGGUCGUCCUCGAGUGGUCGGUGCUGGCGCGACUUUUCGUCUCGUGCCUCACGUGUUUGACGCUGCAGCGCGGCGCGUGCGGUGUUCGAACGCGCAAGCAGCCUCCUGGGAUUGAGAUCUUUAUCUCCACGCAGUCAGUCACUGCAGGUCAAAAAGUCCUCACCAUAGAGGGUAGGGAGUGUAAGUUUCCAUUCAGAUUGGGUGGGACUGUUUAUCAUCAGUGCAUUGCACUGAGUUCUGGCAGACAGUGGUGCUCCCUCACCAAUAACUUCGACCGGGACAUGAAGUGGGGAUAUUGUAGUUCUCAGACACGCCUCUUCAACACUGCUUUCCACAGUAUCACUGAGCAAAGCCUGUGCAAUCCGAACCCGUGUAAGAACGGCGGAGUGUGUACUGCGGUUCCUUACCAGCGUUUUCUUUGA